GCACGCGUAGACCUUACAUCCGUGGUCUUUGCCUUCGCUAUUUGGGGCGCGCGGGGACGGGUACCUGUGGAGCAGUCAUGUCGGCGUCGGUGGUGUCGGUAGUCUCCCGGUUCCUGGAGGAGUACUUGAGCUCCACGCCGCAGCGUCUGAAGCUGCUGGACGCGUAUCUCCUGUACAUACUUCUGACCGGGGCGCUGCAGUUCGGUUAUUGUCUCCUCGUGGGCACCUUCCCCUUCAACUCUUUCCUCUCAGGCUUCAUCUCGUGUGUGGGGAGCUUCAUUCUGGCGGUGUGCCUGAGAAUACAGAUCAACCCACAGAACAAGGCGGAUUUCCAAGGCAUCUCCCCUGAGCGAGCCUUUGCUGACUUCCUCUUUGCCAGCACCAUUCUGCACCUUGUGGUCAUGAACUUUGUUGGCUAAGCAUUCCUGUCGCUGCAGCCUAGGAGAGGAGACUGGAAGAACGUUCUUUUUGACUUCACCUGGAUAAGUUAUUGAGAAGGCAGCCUGUUGGAAACGUGGAUUGUCUGAAGAUUAGUGUUUACUUGCGACUGUGAUUUGGUGUGCAGAUGGAGAGCCCAGAGAAGUUCACUCACUCUGUGUCUAAACAGCUUUGUAAUGAACAAUUACUAAUUAUGACCUCUGCCUUCCAUUAAGUGUAACCUUUUGCUUUUCAAAUUAAAAAGCUCCAUGCCACUCCUC